AUCAAUCCCAAUUCCCCUUCUCUAAUCAUUUUUUCCUUAAUCGGAUAGUAAGGAUGAAGAAGGCGACGGUGGGUGCCGUGGUGGUAGGUACAGCGGCGGCGGUAGCUGUGGCGGCGCUCAUCAUGCGCCACCGCAUGGGUAAAUCGAGCAAAUGGGCACGUGCCAGGGCAAUUCUGAAGGAAUUCGAGGAGAAAUGUGCCACCCCAGAUGGCAAACUGAAGCAAGUGGCUGAUGCCAUGACGGUGGAGAUGCACGCCGGACUCGCCUCUGAAGGCGGCAGCAAGCUCAAGAUGCUUAUUAGCUAUGUCGAUAAUCUCCCUACUGGCGAUGAAGGAGGAGUCUUUUAUGCAUUGGAUCUUGGUGGAACAAAUUUUCGAGUAUUGCGGGUGCAAUUGGGGGGAAAAGAUGGUGGCAUUAUCCAUCAAGAAUUUGCGGAGGCAUCAAUUCCUCCAAAUUUGAUGGUUGGAACUUCAGAAGCACUUUUUGACUAUAUUGCGGCAGAACUUGCAAAAUUCGUAGCUGAAGAAGGAGAAGAGUUUCAUCCACCUCCUGGUAGGCAGAGAGAAUUAGGCUUCACCUUCUCGUUCCCAAUAAUGCAAACUUCAAUCAAUUCUGGAACUCUUAUCAGGUGGACGAAAGGUUUCUCCAUUGAUGACACGGUUGGCAAAGAUGUUGUUGCAGAACUGACAAAAGCAAUGCAAAAACGAGAAAUUGAUAUGAGGGUCUCAGCGCUUGUGAAUGAUACUGUUGGAACAUUGGCUGGUGGUAGAUUCACCAAUAAGGAUGUAUCCAUUGCUGUGAUAUUAGGUACUGGGACCAAUGCAGCAUAUGUGGAACGGGCUCAGGCAAUUCCCAAAUGGCACGGUCCUCUGCCUAAAUCUGGAGAAAUGGUGAUCAAUAUGGAAUGGGGUAACUUUAGGUCCUCCCACCUUCCCUUGACAGAGUACGAUCAUGCUAUGGAUACCGAUAGUUUAAAUCCUGGUGAACAGAUAUUUGAGAAGAUAUGUUCUGGCAUGUACUUGGGAGAAAUUUUACGCAGAGUUCUACUUAGAAUGGCUGAAGAAGCUGGCAUUUUUGGCGAGGAAGUUCCUCCAAAACUCAAGAAUUCAUUCAUAUUGAGGACACCUGAAAUGUCUGCCAUGCAUCAUGACACAUCCUCUGAUUUGAGAGUGGUUGGCGACAAGUUGAAGGAUAUCUUAGAGAUAUCCAAUACCUCCUUGAAGACAAGGAGAUUAGUUGUUGAGCUGUGUAAUAUUGUUGCAACACGUGGCGCCAGACUUGCGGCAGCUGGGAUCUUGGGCAUUAUCAAAAAGAUGGGAAAGGAUACACCCAGGGAAAGUGGUCCAGAAAAGAUUGUCGUAGCCAUGGAUGGCGGAUUGUAUGAACAUUAUACAGAAUACAGUAAGUGCUUGGAGAACACUUUGGUUGAAUUGCUUGGAAAGGAAAUGGCCACAAGUAUUGUUUUCAAGCACGCGAAUGAUGGUUCUGGCAUUGGCGCGGCACUCCUUGCGGCCUCUAACUCCGUGUAUGUUGAAGACAAGUGAGAGUGAUCAAAAUGAUAUUUAGCUAGAGGAAACUCCAUUUACCUUUUAUAUUAUGUUUUUUCUCUAGCCUUUUCUUUUUGGAUUCUCUCUCCUUUUUGGUUCUUCUAACAAUUAUUUCCAGCAUUUGUACUUGGUUUUCUAGGAUAUUAUUCCUGGGAAUGCCAACAUAUUUCUUCUGGAAAAGGGUGCAAAGAAAUUAUAUGAAACUCAGCACUGCUUAUUCUCCCCUUUGGUCUUUAGUUUUCCUACUGCAAUCAAAUUUUGUAGGGUUUAAUAAAAUGGGAUAUUAUU